UCCAUGGUCGUGGACGAGAAAAAUGAUUUGCUUGAGGUCGAAUGGUUGACGGCGAAAUGAGGAAUCAUACUUAAGGAAAUUGGCUUUCAUCGAUUUGGUGAUUGGAGAAGCUGAAUUAUGCCUAAGGAUCCUGCAGAAUUCGUUUGAAUGUUUUGUAGAGAGUUCAUUUUUACUUCAUUUUAGCGGGUUUAACAGUCGCCAUUGUAACCCAACGGAUUCUAUAUGCACCUCGUGCCGUGGUACCGAACUCACAACCGAAUUCGCGGUGCGGAUGGCCGAUUUUACAAUCAGCCUGUGGCCAAUCCAGUUUUGUUGGAAGACAAUUAUAUCAAAUUGGUGCUGUUCAUCUAGCUGACCUCUCACUGAACCGAACAAGGCCGCUGGAAUAAGUCGGCGGGUCAGUUUGUCAAUUUUGUGUUGCUCCAAAGAUUGUGCAAAAAAGCAUUUGCGGGAACUUGUCAUAAUGGCGCUUGAGGGCCCAAGACCCACUUUCUCCCCUUGGGACUAUGUAGUCUUCUCAAUCAUGCUGGUCAUCUCGGCAGCGAUUGGCAUCUUCUUCGGCUGUACUGGAGGCAAACAGAGGACCACCAAGGAGUUUCUCAUGGCCGAUCGUCAGAUGGGCAUUGCCCCUGUCGCCCUGUCCCUGUUGGCCAGUUUCAUGUCGGCCAUUACCCUCCUGGGAACACCCUCGGAGAUUUACGUGCACGGGACUCAGUACUUAUGGAUCGUCGUGUCGUAUAUUCCGGUGGUCACUGCGUCGGCGUAUAUCUUCCUGCCAAUACUUUUUAAACUGAAACUUACGAGUGCUUACGAGUAUCUCGAACUUCGUUUUCACCGAUCUCUGAGAGUCCUUGGAGCAAGUUUCUUCAUUCUGCAGAUGACAAUUUACAUGGCAAUUGUGGUAUAUGCACCGUCACUGGCACUAAACGCAGUUACUGGUCUGAAUAUCUGGGCCUCAGUCUUUUCCAUAGGGCUUGUCUGCACCUUCUACACAACUAUCGGCGGCAUGAAAGCCGUAAUGUGGACAGACGUCUUCCAGAUCGGUAUGAUGUUCGCGGGACUUCUGACCGUCCUUAUCCAAGGGAGUAUCAUGCUAGGCGGCUUUGGCGAGAUCUGGCGGAUAAAUCAGGAAGGACAGAGGAUAGAGUUUUUCAAUUUCGACCCUGACCCAACUGCUCGCCACACGGUAUGGAGCAUGACCAUCGGAGGCUACUUUACCUGGGUGGCCAUCUACGGUGUGAACCAGGCGCAGGUACAAAGGGCCCUCACAGUGCCUAAACUCAGGGAUGCCCAAAUUGCCAUGUGGAUCAACCUUCCAGGUCUGUCCCUCCUUGCCAUACUGACAUCAAUGGCCGGCAUGGUCAUGUACGCAAACUAUAAAGAUUGCGACCCUAAGCGGAAUGGAGAUAUAUUCUCUGACGAUCAGCUAUUGCCACUCUUCGUGAUGGAGCACUUGAGCUUCCUGCCUGGCAUUCCGGGACUCUUCGUUGCCUGCAUCUUCAGCGGUGCCCUCAGUACCGUUUCCUCCGGUCUCAAUUCCCUGGCGGCGGUGACACUGGAAGACAUCGUCAAGCUCCUCUGCUUCAAGAACUUGACUGAACGCCAAAGCGCAAUCGCUUCCAAAAUAUUGUCUUGCUCCUACGGGGUGCUGUGCCUCUGCCUGACGUUCCUUGUGGCCAACAUGGGUGGUGUCCUACAAGCUGCCUUGGCAUUGUUCGGUAUCGUCGGCGGACCAAUUCUCGGUAUAUUCAUAUUGGGUAUGAUAUUCCCAUGGGCGAACUGGAAGGGAGGAAUUGCAGGGGGCUGCACCGCACUUUUCGUAUGUCUCUGGAUCGGUAUAGGGGCACAAGUCCACAAGCCGUACGUCCCAAAACCUCCGACAUCUAUAGAUGGAUGUCCUAACGUAACGCUCAAUGAUUCUUUAACAACCACUAUGAUGUCACCUCUAAUACCUUUGACGACGAUUAAUACGACGCUCAUUCAAAUCCCUCGGGAACGAGACCGAACAAUCUACAGUAUAUCUUACAUGUGGUACAGUGCCAUAGCCGUGAUCAUCACCAAUACCGUGGGACUUAUAGUCAGUUUUGCGACUGGUGCUACGAAUCCAAAGGACGUCGAUCCCCGCUUGAUCUGCCCAAUCUUCGAUACUUGUGCCUGCUACCUCCCUAGAAGAUUUAGAGUUAAACUCCGCUGCGGUAUUGAUUUUGAAGAUAGGUGGGAGAAGGGAGAAAAGGAGCAUGAACUUGGAGAAGUCAAGGCCACUGAGCUGUCCGACUCAAUGGUGGACAUCAUCGACAAUAAAGGGCUGGGCGUGAACGGCGGCGAGUUGACGAACACCGUCGCUGCAAAUGAUAUAACUUCCUCCAGGAACUCAGUCACGUUGUAUGAAACAAGUGCUUAAACUUGUAAAGUAAAGAAGAGGGCCACUCUCAGAUAUAUAUAGUGGAGAAAUACAGAAAUUUAAAGCCAGGUUUCUUAUGAGGCGGACGCCCAGCAGGCACAGGAAGCAGAAGAUGACGUAACAAAAGUGACAAAGACAGUUGCCGUAUCUCCAUAACUGACCAGUUCUCGGAAUAAUCUUAUCUGAAGUUAGGACCUUAAAUCGACUGAUCAUGAAACACUUGUUUCUCUGUAGUCUGCGUUACCCUAUUAAAAAGUAUCGAUGGUAUCUUAAAGUGUCGACAAUCAGUAGUAACCUCACCAAUGUAGUUCUUCGUCUCCCAUCCAAUAUGCUCAUGUCAUUACUUCACACCAUUGCUGGAAGAUGCACUUGCAUACCAUCCCGGUUUCAAAGUUCUUCUUGGAAAUAUUCAAAAAUAAGCUGUCUUUAAAAUAGCAAAGGAAUGUACCUUUAUUUGAUAAAUAAAUGCCUCAAGGAUAUAACUUUGAUAGGAAUUACAAAUUGAUCAUGGUGGGUUCUAACAAUAUAGAUGUACAAAUAACAUUUAUUUAUUUGUUCUAAGAUCGGAGGACAACAAUUAUCAACAGUUGGCCUGCAAUUGCACCAUAUCAAGAGGAAAUAAAAUGUUAUUGCCUCCUGUCCAAAACCAAUAAUAGAUUUAUCCAUACUUUCCAAUAUCGACAAUUAAAGGGUUACUGUAAAUCAAGGUAAUUAAAACUGUACUAUUUCAUUACAAAUAAUUGACAUUCAGUUCCACCAAGUAUAUAUGAGCACAAUUUGCUAACACUUAGGGCCUAGGGAGCAUUUUCUGAGUCAAACUUGGAGUUUUAGUCUCAAACUAAGCACCAAAGGGACAAGAUAAAUUAGAUGAAUGGCACAGUGAAAUGUCUUCUUGAAAUCCUCUUCUUCAGCAUUCACUUUUGAUAUUCUGAUAGUAAUGUACAUUUGUAUUUGUGUUACGUGCCUUAUAUGCAAAGAUUGUGUUUUGGCCAAUAAAUUUCAUUUCAUUUCA